AUAACACAUCCUUCAGCAAAGCUAUAUGAGGGGUGGGAAUAGAUUUGUUAAACUACAUUAUGGUUAUUAUUUGUUGCCUUUUUCAGACUCAAAAGGUGGAAGUGGUGCUGGUGAAGAUUACGAAUAUUAUGGACGUGGUCAUGAAGGCAGCAGACCAUCGGGUUCAGGAGCUAAGAAAGUAGAAAUGGAUAGCUGGGAGGCCCUAAAAUAUGGUGAGCGCCCAGAUGAUGAUGAACUCAAUGCAGACUGGCAUGAAAGUAAAAACAAAUUAGGCAGCAGACCAUCGGGUUCAGGAGCUAAGAAAGUAGUGGACAGCUGGGACGCUCUAAAAUAUAGUGACCGCCGGGUUGAGGAUGAACUCGAUGCAGACUGGCUCGAAAGUGAACAUAAUAAAUUAGAUAAACUAUUUGGGGAAGGCAUCAUUAACGUGAUGUAUACUGAUCAAAAUACUAUAGGCUACAAUUGCAGGUUGUGCUUUGCAACUAUGAAUGCCAUGAAAUGCCUGGAGAUGCACUGCAAUGGCAUGAAGCAUUUAAAGAAAAAAGGCAUCUAUGAAAAAAGUAAAGCUACAGGAACAUUUCUUUUGGAACCCAGAAAGAAUCCUGACUUCCCCCAACAUCCAGAGAGAGGAUAUAAUCAAAGUUAUUCUUCAAGAAAUGACCCUGGCCCAUAUCCAGGGCAGGAAAGGAAACCUUUUCCAAGGGCUAGAGGUGAAAAGAGUAAUUCCUACCGAAGGGAUGAAAGAGAUUCUUAUGCACGGGAUUACCGAGAUCCCUACGAAAGAGAUUACCCGUAUAGGGAUCCAUACGCAAGAGAUCAUAGAGAUUCACAUGCAAGAAAUGAUAGAAAUCGAUUUGCAAGUAAUGAUGAAGACCCAUAUGUAAGAAAAGAUGAAGACCCAUAUGCAAGAAAUGAUAGAGAUCCAUAUUCAAGAGCUUAUUAUUCAAGGGACAGUAUGGAAAGGACAGACACACGAGGAUCAUGCAGCAGAUCACCCAGUUAUGCAGAUCGUUAUUAUGAGAGUGACAGGCUGUCUGCUGAGCACUCACGUGGCUUAAGUCCAUAUGGCACAAUGGACAGUAGGAAUUACCAACCAGAUGCUCCACUCAGAGUUCCUUCCCCACCACCUGCAAGGUUAUCCCCUCCACCAAAAAGGCCAGCAUUGGAAUUACCUCCAGUAAAAGCAGGUGUUAGUUUGGAUGGUGGACAAGCUGCUAUUAAUAUUGACACUAGUUUGGCUGGUGGACCUGCAGCUGCUUUGCUUAUGAAGUUGUCUCAGUGCUCAAUCAAGAAUGAAAAAGAUGCAGAGUUGGCUUCCAACAUCAUUAAUUUACUACUGAAAUCACUCAAAGACUAUCAUCAGACAUUAGGAGAAAAGAGUGUAGCAGAUUUGAUGGAACAAGCCGAAAUAAAACUUGGCACUGCCAAAGCUAUCAGAACUAUAAAAAAGGCCACACCAACACCUCAAGUUAAUGCUGUUGCCAUUGCCCUGGAGACCCUUCGUCGUGCAAAUUCAGAUGUGCCAGCUUUUGCAUCUCUAAUAUGAAUCUGUAGGUUGUAAAUAAAGCUUUGUAACCUCACACAGUAUAGAAACAGAUUGAGAUUGAACAAAUACAGUACGAUGAAGAAUAAAAUUGUUCUUUUUUAAAAUUAUAAAUUGAGAGACAGUUUGUGUUCCCUUAGUAAAUGUUAUGGCACACUGAAGAGUAUAGGAAUUCAAAAUAAUUAUGCCUGUUCUGUUAAUUGUAUUGUAAAAGAUCCAUGUUUUUGUACCUUACUCAGAUUCUGUACAGUGCAGGUGAUACACAGUUUCAUAUUGUUUUAGGUUCUUCUUAAUGAUGUAAUUCAUUUAGACAAUACAGUAAAUGAAUUACAAGCCUUUAUUUAAUAUAUUGGUAACUGAAAUCAGAUUCUGUUUGCUGUUAAGUAAUUGUCUAUAUCAUAUUGAAGUAAGGAAAGGGAAUACAUUGGUGAGAGCAUUGUUUGUGUAGGAAAACUAGCUGAAUUAGAUAUUAGCAUUUUUUUAUAUGCAGAUAGGAUUGAAGUAUAUAGGUGUGUUCAAGCAUUAUGUAGAUCUUGAAAUACAUUAUAAAACUGAUGAAAA